GAAUAGGCGCCACUACGCACGGGCCUGGCUGGCCUUCAAACGCUGGACAAUGAAGGUCCAGGUAUAGCAACUCCACGCCCCAGGAAUUCUCCAAAAAAGGGAUGCAUGGUCAAUUCAUUUGAGCGCUCUCUUUCCUCUUCCGUGGCAUUUGUACCACAGCUGCCCUGAGCAUGGUCAGCGUCUGGCUCACAUGCACCAGCGUCCUGGCACUCUGCACCGCCUACGGAUACUGGUGGACCCAGGCCUCUGGCCCUCCGUCCGACGAGGAUAUCUACCGCAGCAUUCUCCCUACCAUCUGCCCCCUCCAAGCCACCAUCUAUCGCUCCACUGGCCGCCACUCGUCCCUCUACGCGUUCCUCGGACUGGCAGAGCCCACCUCGGACCGCGACGCACUACACGACGCGUACACUCACCAGCGCCUCACGCACUACCGCUUCGAGCUCGACGUUGUGGGCAAGUGCGCCGCCCAGCGCGCGCACGCCCACGAGGCACUCCCGCCCGCAUGCACCACGCAUGAGUACGAAGAGGCCGUCGAGCGGCUGGAUACUCUGUCGCAGGCGCUCCACACGAUCCAUGCGGCCCCGGCCAAGGCGCUAGACAAUGACUUUCGGGAGUUCGGCAAGCAGUUUAUAGGGCUGGACAAGGCUCGGACCGAGAUGCACCGGGCGGAGCAGGAGGGCAAGAACCAGUGGGGGUCGAAGGAGUGGGAGAGGCUGGAGAGACGGGUGCAAACUGAGCAGAAGAAGGUGGAUAGGGCCCUGAAGAAAGCAUGCGGGCGGUGGUGGCCCGGUUAGAGCCAGCUCCGC